GGGCUCAAGCGCUGGUACUACCAGCCCUUUUACUUACGGUAUGGUGCGCAAGCGUGUUUUUGACGACCUCGUCCAAGAAUGUAAAGACCUGGAGGCGCUUGAAACCAAGAUGAAGGGGUCCAAAAAGGACAGCUACGUCCCAGUUCGGCAGGGAAUCCGCCAACUCAAGGAACACUUGUACAACGGGGCGCCGCACAAUCCACUUACGUUCUUGCAGUUUUGCUUUUCUUGCGGGUUGGCGGCGUUGGUGGCGGCGUUUGUCAUCGAAAGGGUUAGGCGCCUCAAGUGCAAAAAGGCGGGGGGUGACAUCAGUUUCCCGCCUGGCUCCAGAUGGCCAGUCAUUAUUGCUCACCCAGUGCCUUUGGCAUCUUGGAUCCUUCGGGAGCUGGGAAAAAGGCAGCGUUGUGAACGACGCCCUUGAGAAGCACGACGCCCAACUCAGUGUCUAUACCUUCCUGAACCUGUUCCAGAUUCACAAUAUAGUGUAUACGGACGAUCCACCGGUGAAGGCGUUCGUGCGUUUCUGUUCUAAACUUCGGAAGUUCUGCCGUGGCGCAGGGCUUAUGAUAAUGCUCAUCGUCGCUCUGGGCCGAGAGAUGACGUUUGUUGAAUGGUUCGAGGGGCAGAUGGACACCCCGGGCCCCCCGUUUCACGCAUGGCUGGCUUGUUACGAUUGGUCCUUCCAGCAUUUCGACAAAUUGCGAUACAUCGUUGUUCGGCCACGUUUUUUUUAGCUGACGGCAAAACCAACGAGACCACCCGAUUGAGGGCUUUGAGCCAGGGGAAUUGGAGCCGCAUUACUGCGCCAGUGUACGACAUGAUCGCCAUGUACACCGAAACUUCCUUCACCGAGGCGGCGUCCACGUCCGCGCUGUUCGCAAUGGUUGCGAAGGUGAGCGACCUCGCCGAAUUUCGGUCGAAACACGUUUCGUUAUGGUUGGCGGCAGCCUUGGACAUCCCCGCCGAUUCUGGCAGCGGAGAUUCUAUGACGUCAAUUCUCGGUCCCAACCCAAAGAAAUACAGCAAGUGGUUAGCAGCCAUGGGGGUCGACAUAGUGAAGCAUUUUGAAGACGUGUCGGCGCACCUCGCGGAGGCCCAGAAACACAUUCCGUGGUUUGAGAUCGAUUGGAAUUUCUAUCAUUACCAAUUCGCCGUGUGUAAAUUUGUCCAAUUGGUUGAGUUCCUCGUAUAUGCGAAGAAAAGCCAAACUUUGGAGUGGCGCAUCGUUUCUGCCGCCCUUGAUCGUUUCAAAUCGUGAGCUCGCCUGAAUUCGCUUGCGUUGGGGCCCAACAUUUUUGCACCGCAUCAGGAGACGCGUGGUGGCGCACGGUCUUCUCGCAACGACGCAGCUCGAUGCAUGUACGCCACUCCAGCAGCGCGCUUGGCGC